AUGCAGCAACAAUUGUUGCUGGUCAAUUUGAGCAUUUGCACCACAUUAGUGGGUGUGGUUGUGUCAUAUGUUAGCGACUUUGUCACGUUGCGAGUACAAAAUAAUUGGUCACUGGAGGAUAUUAGCACUGCAUCGGAAAAUAAUUAUAAAGUGUUAAGUGGGUCGAGAGAGUGGACACGUUAUGCCGAUAUAUCCGAUUAUUAUGGCUUACGCUAUAGGCCUUUGCAUCAAAUGCCACGCUUGCUUUGGCAUAAACAGCCGCAGGUCGACAUACCAACGGACUCUGUCCCUACAAGCACAGCGGAUGCUGAUACUAGUGAAGCGGAUGCAGCAGAUGAGUACGAUGAGCAAGAUUCAGAAGAAGAAUUCUUAGAGCAACCAAUAGCUGCAUUGCCUACUGACCGGCCAUCGCCUUCGUCUACAGUGAGAUCAGCACAAAUUGUUACAACACCAACACCAGCUACAGUUGUCAUGACAUUGCCUACAGUCAAUUCUGCCGCAGCUUCCGACACUAUAAACUCCAUCAUGAGACCACCACAAAUUGGAAAUGCCAUAAAGCAGUUGCUCUUUCAUGGCUCCCCUUUCGCGCUAAAUCUGUUGCAGCAGCAAAACCGUGGCAACAAAACGAGAUCAAAGGGGUUCCUCAGUCUCUUCGAAGUCAUCAAAUUCGAGAAUACCAAGUGCUCGGUGGCCAUGGGUGAGAUUGAUGUACGCGUACGCGCUAUGGAGGGAAUUUGCUAUCACGAGUUUGAGUGCAAAAGUUUAGGCGGCAUACCGACGGAGGCGUGCGCAGAUGGUAUGGGCGUGUGUUGUGUAUUUUUGACUGGCUGUGGCGGUACAACCAAACAAUCGGUGGUUUACUUUGAGAGCCCUAACUAUCCGGAUCCAGUGCGUGAAAUGUUGAUAUGUGUGUUGAUCAUCAACUUGCGGGACAAUGUGCAACAGCUGCGACUAGAUUUUAUCAUGUUUGAGCUGAAUCGACCUACUGAUGGCGACUGCAUGGAUGAUCAGUUUAUCGUAUCCGGCCAGAAUAUAAAUUUUGUCGUGCCCAUACUUUGUGGCAUUAAUACAGGCCAACAUAUAUAUGUUGAUGUAACCAAUUCCUUUGAGAAGAAAAUAUAUCUCUCGUUUAUCACUAAAGUAGCCGCAGGUGACCGGUCCUUCAAUAUAAAAAUAGUACAGCUCGAAAAUGAUCUUGCCCCGGAGGGUUGUUUGCAGUUUUACCCAGAAACUGAAGGCGUUGUGAAGUCAUUCAACUAUGAUUCGGCAGGCACCUUUGUUAACACUGUUGGAGCGACAUAUCUGAAUAAUUUAAAUUAUGCCAUCUGUCUACUACGUGCCAAGGAUAUGUGCUCGGUUAAUUAUAACACCGAGCAAAUUGGUGGCGAUCAAUUGGAUUUUCAAAUCGUUAAUAAGGACGAAGAUGCAGUGGACUUGGUGCCCGAUGGUCAGGCGGGUGCUGGCAUUUUCAAUUGCCCCGAUGACUAUAUCGCCAUCAAUCAAGUGCGCCUCUGUGGUGAGCGUUUCAACGAUGGCAUCGUUUCAGAUGACUUCACACAAAAUGCUCCGGUUAAGGAUUUCGCGGCGGGACCAAUUAUAUUACCAGUGCGCAGCGAUGACGAGUAUGUGGGUCGUGGCUUUCGCCUUGUCUACAAGCAGGAGCUAUGCGCCUAAGGUGUACCAAAUUUUUGGAAUGCAUUUGCAUACAUACCCGCCUGUGCCUAUUGCUACUAUGUACAUAUGUACCCUUUAUAUGUUGUACUCGUAACUUAUGAUUUUUUACGGUAAAGAAAUUUGUAAAUUUGCA